CCCCCGACUUGAGCAACAGGAAGUGACAACCCCCUCCUCAAAAGAGUGCAAAGCCUGAAAAGAAAAGAAAAAAGAAACCCAAGAGAGUGGGUGGAGGUCCAAAUCGUUUCGAUCGGUUAUCUUUUCUCGAUCGAAGUCCGUGGGCAGGCUGCACAAGUUGGGGUGGCCACCUCUGAGGCUCCUUUGUCGGCCCUAAUGCACGUUAACGUGGCACCGCAUGGAAGCAAGUCCGCUUCGUAAAGUUCCAACGGAGGCGGAUACUUAGUUGUGGAGAGAAGGAACACACACGAAGUCUGUUCGCCAUGGCCCACAGCACUACCACCAUCCAGUAUGAGCGACUGGCGGAGAUUGGCGGCGGCGCUUACGGGACCGUUUACAAGGCCCGUGACACAGAGAGCGGUCAGUUCGUGGCUCUCAAAAGCGUGCGAGUCCAGACGGACAAUAACGGCCUCCCCACUUCCACGGUCCGGGAGGUGGCUCUGUUGAAACGACUGGAACAGUUUGACCACCCCAACGUGGUCAGGCUCAUGGACGUCUGUGCCACUCAGAGGUCCGAGCAAGAGACGAAAGUCACUUUAGUUUUUGAACAUGUGGACCAAGAUCUCAAGACAUAUUUGGAGAAAGCCCCAGCUCCGGGGUUAGAGCCUGGAAUUAUCAAGGACCUGAUGAAACAGGUGCUGUGCGGUUUGGCAUUCCUGCACUCAAACCGUGUAAUGCACAGAGACCUGAAACCAGAGAAUAUUCUGGUAACCAGCCAGGGCCAGGUGAAGUUAGCAGACUUUGGACUGGCCCGUAUGUACAGCUGCCACAUGGCCCUCACUCCCGUGGUGGUGACACUAUGGUAUCGGCCUCCCGAGGUUUUGCUGCAGUCGAGCUACGCCACACCUGUGGACAUCUGGAGCUGCGGCUGCAUCUUUGCGGAAAUGUUCAAACGCAAGCCCUUGUUCUGUGGAGAAUCUGAAGUGGACCAACUCGGGAAAAUUUUUGAAGUUAUUGGUCUGCCGCCAGAGGAGGAGUGGCCAACUGACGUGACACUUUCAAGGAAACACUUCCCCCCUUGCUCGGCCCGUCCAGUUACUGACUUUGUUCCAGAGAUAAAUGAGCAGGGGGCACAACUGCUGCUGCAAAUGUUGACGUUUAACCCUUCCAAACGAAUAUCUGCCCUAAACGCACAAGAUCACCCGUACUUCUGCAAUGAGGAGACUUUGACUCCGACAAAAAGCUGAGCGGCGACUACAGGAAAGGUAACGGUCCAGCUUUGGCCCAAAGAUUACCACAUUUAAGGAGUUUGGGCCUACGGCUCCAAUUUUAAGAAAAAAAAAAAAUCCCACAUUCACAAGGAACGAAUGUAUGCAUCACUAAUUGAAGUUAACGCCGCAUGACUUUGGUUUUUGUGUUUGUCAUAUGCCAACGUGGAAUGUAAAGUGCAUACGGAAAGUAUUUAUGUUUCUCGUCACAGGCUAUGUCUAAAAUUGAGUACAUUCAUUUUUAUCCCUCAAAAUUCUACACACAAAACCCUAUAUUAGCAUAAUUUAAAAAUAAACCAAUUGAUUAAAAAAGAUCAAAAUCACAUGUACAUAAAUAUUCUCUUCUUUUGACAUUAAGCUGAAAUUUAGGCUUAAGUCAAUCCAGUGUUCAUUGAUCAUUCAACAGAGUAUUUUGAUUUAAUACAUUUUUCUCUUGUUGUAAGUGGAAUUUUGAAGGUGCAAUGUAACUAAUAAAUUAUAAAGUAAGGCCACAUAGUAGAGGUGUGAUGAGAUCUCGUAUUACAAGAGAUAAUAACGUUUCGAGGAAAGCUCUCCUGCGGGCAGAACCCAGUCAGAAGUAGUUGUUUGUAAUACAGUGGUACCUUACCAUAAGAGUGCCAUAACUCUUUUUGUGUAUUUGGGAUUCCCAUGAGUCCCGAAAAUGUGAAAUCAAACCAUGGAGUCAUGGCAGAGAUAUUUAUGAAACAACCUUGCCUUUGUUGAGAUUUUAGUGACGUAUUUUGCCUUAGUCAGCGCAUAUCUCCAUAUAUGGUAGAGGUUUACCCAAAGAAGUAAAUUUCCUUAUUUUUCUCUAUCCUCUUGUUGUGGGGAAGACUCGCUCGUACAUGCAAAUGCAUACUAAACUCCUCCGCUGUUUCCAUUUCUAAUACAAAGUAGUGUAUAGUUCCAGCUCAGGCAUGAUUUAUACUGCACACCGAAUCAGACUUUUUUUGUCCUCAAGUAACACAGAUGGGAUAUUUUUUGCUAGUCGAAACACCCCAAAGUGAUCAGGAAGCAGUCUGAAGCUGUCGGCAAUUUGAUCUUUUCAAAUGUGACUGCAGUCUAAAGAAAUGCGACCUAAUUGCGACUCAAACCUCCUCUUUAAGCGAGCUACGUCAUUUGUGUGCGCUGUACGACCAUUUUGCUUUUUGCAAUCCUUUUCUUCCUCGUUUUGCAGUUGUUUUUCAUCAUCAGGUGUCUUAUCGAGUUACUUUGCUGUCGCAUCAAAGAAAUUAUACCUUUUAAGUUCUGAUUUGGAUAUCAAAUGAAAGAUAUAAUAAAAUAAUCACUUGAUUGUAGCGCCAGUGACAGGUCAACUCGAUCAACUUCCAGUCAACUUUCAUUGUCAUUGCUUCAUCAAACUGCCCAUGCAAGUGACGUCGAUGCCACAUUGGGGCCUUUGCGCAUUUAUACUGGAGUCUGAUAAAGAUCACAUUUACACAGCUAGCAGUGUAAACAGGGUCUAAUAUCUGUCAGACUCAGUAUGCAAGCACUAUAAACUACAACAUUGCUUCGCCUGGACGUGGACUUUGGCCCUUAAAAAAGACUGCCUAAAAAAGGCGUGUAGGUAGGUGGGUAUUUAUUGUCAUUUUUCAAGUACAACAAAACUUUGUUUUCAGCACAAACCCAUUCAAGAUUAGACAAAAAAACAAUUUACAGGGUUACAAAACAGGAACGCUGAUGGGUCGCCGCAAGGCGUCCCAUAAAAGAUGGGAAAAGGGUAAACGCUGGGGGAGGAUGAGUAAAAAAAUACAAUUGAGACUGGGCUCCUGAGAAUGUUCAGUCUGGAGUGGGAAAAAAACUCCAUAGCAAAACAUAUAUACAUAUUACAACAUACAACUCGAGACUUGCAACAAUCGGGAGGGUGUGGGGGCUACGGUAUUCCAAAGAAACAGUCAGAAAGCGGCUUAAAGGCGGUCUGUAAAACAAAAUCUAGGCACAGUUUUGACCAAAGUACCACCAUUACAUGUUAUGUUGACCACAAGGAAGUGUUUUAGGCCAUGUCCACACUCACAAGAACACAGACACUUAAUAAACGCAUACUUAUCUCUGCAUGUAGACCUCUUGUCCACACGCAGAAGCAUACUUUUGUCUUUAAAAACGCAGACUUUUGCGUAUGCGUGUACGCUACACAAACAGAGACUUGUGAUGAAGUCACGGUUGUGCUCUGUCAUUUCUAAGCUAAACAACACUGCCUUGCUGGCUUUAAACACACUAUAAGAUGACUUACUGUAUGUUUGAAUGUGAACAUGCUGCUAUUUCCACAACAAUAAUAAAAAAGACUCAUCAAAAUGGGCUUUGCGACACUCCCGCCAGCGCGAAUGACAGUCAGCUGUUUUGGAUAUAAUCGCUAUGGAACCUCCACCAGAUGGGAAAACUAUGACAAGCAAGACUUUUUGCUCUGUGUCAUAAGAAGGGUGCAACAUUAUCUUAUGUUUUUAGUCCCUGUUUAACGACAAAUCAUGAAGUUAACUUAGGUGUCUUGAUUCCAUUUUUUACAUGGAGCUCACACGUAAAAAGCGACCAAGCAACUAUCCAUCCAUCCAUCCAUUUUCUACCGCUUAUUCCCUUUUAGGGUCGCGGGGGGCGCUCUCGCCUAUCUCAGCUACAAUCGGGCGGAAGGCGGGGUGCACCCUGGACAAGUCGCUACUUCAUCGCAGGGCCAACACAGAUAGACAGACAACAUUCACACUCACAUUCACACACUAGGGCCAAUUUAGUGUUGCCAAUCAACCUACCCCCAGGUGCAUGUCUUUGGAAGUGGGAGGAAGCCGGAGUAUCCGGAGGGAACCCACGCAUUCACGGGGAGAACAUGCAAACUCCACACAGAAAGAUCCCAAGCCUGGGAUUGAACCCAAGACUGCAGGACCUUCGUAUUGUGCAACUAAAUAAAACAUAAUGUAGCAUCCUCCUUGUAGUGGGUACUGAUGUUAAAGACAAUAUACACUUCAUUAAACAUGUACCAUAAUCACUAUAUCCAUGAUUAAAUGCUUUGUAAUUCCCUUAAACAUGAAAAAUGGUUUCUUUGGCUCGUUAGUGCAUGCUGAUUGUAGAAAUAAUGUAGAACGUCACUGCACAUGUAAUACAAACCCCGUUUCCAUAUGAGUUGGGGAAUUGUGUUAGAUGUAAAUACAAACAGAAUAAAAUGAUUUGCAAAUCAUUUUCAACCCAUAUUCAGGUGAAUGUGCUACAAAGACAACAUAUUUGAUGUUCAAACUGGUAAACAUUUUUUUUUUGCAAAUAAUCAUUAACUUUAGAAUUUGCUGCCAGCAACACGUGAAAAAGAAGUUGGGAAAGGUGCCAAUAAAUACUGAUAAAGUUGAGGAAUGCUCAUCAAACACUUAUUUGGAACAUCCCACAGGUGUGCAGGCUAAUUGGGAACAGGUGGGUGCCAUGAUUGGGUAUAAAAGCAGCUUCCAUGAAAUGCUAAGUAAUUCACAAACAAGGAUGGGGCGAGGGUCACCAAAUUGUAAGCAAAUUAUCGAACAGUUUUAGAACAACAUUUCUCAACGAGCUAUUGCAAGGAAUUUAGGGAUUUUACCAUCUACGGUCCGUAAAAUCAUCAGAAGGUUCAGAGAAUCUGGAGAAAUCACUGCACGUAAGCGAUGAUAUUACGGACCUUUGAUCUCUCAGGCGGUACUGCAUCAAAAACCGACAUCAGUGUGUAAAGGAUAUCACCACAUGGGCUCAGGAACACUUCAUAAAACCACUGUCAGUAACUACAGUUGGUCGCUACAUCUGUAAGUGCAAGUUAAAACUCUGCUAUGCAAAGCAAAACCCAUUUAUCAACAACACCAAGGAACUCCACUGGCUUCGCUGGGCCCAAGCUCAUCUAAGAUGGACUGAUGCAAAGUGGAAAAGUGUUCUGUGGUCUGACGAGUCCACAUUUCAAAUUAUAUUUGGAAACUGUGGACGUGGUGUCCUCCGUAACAAAGAGGAAAAUAACCAUCCGGAUUGUUCUAGACGCAAAGUUCAAAAGCCAGCAUCUGUGAUGGUAUGGGGGUGUAUUAGUGCCCAAGGCAUGGGUAACUUACACAUCUGUGCAGGCACCAUUAAUGCUGAAAGGUACAUACAGGUUUUGGAGCAACAUAUGUUGUCAUCCAAGCAACGUUAUCAUGGACACCCCUGCUUAUUUCAGCAAGACAAUGCCAAGCCACGUGUUACAACAGCGUGGCUUGGUAGUAAAAGAGUGCGGGUACUUUCCUGGCCCGCCUGCAGUCCAGACAUGUCUCCAAUCGAAAAUGGGUGGCGCAUUAUAAAGCAUAAAAUACGACAACAAGACCCCGGACUGUUGAACAACUUAAGCUGUACAUCAAGCAAGAAUGGUAAAAAAUUCCCCUUUCAAAGCUUCAACAAUUAGUUUUCUCAGUUCCCAAACGUUUAAUAAUUGUUGUUAAAAGAAAAGGUGAUGUAACACAGUGGUGAACAUGCCCUUUCCCAAGUACAUUGGCACGUGUAGCAGCCAUGAAAUUCUAAGUUCAUUAUUAUUUGCAAAAAAAAAAAAAUGUUUUAUGAGUUUGAACAUCGAAUAUCUUGUCUUUGUAGUGCAUUCAAAUGAAUAUGGGUUGAAAAGGAUUUGCAAAUCAUUGUAUUUCAUUUAUAUUUACAUCUAACACAAUUUCCCAACUCAAAUGGAAACAGGGUUUGUACAUCACCAUGUUGCUAAACACGUUAUAAGUCUAUGAGUAAUAGUUUUCAGCAGCACAGGCGUGCUAUUGCUCUUUAAUAAUGUUCCCAGGGCUCUGUGUGCAUGCAUUGUCAUUGUAGAUCAAAAUAAACAUAUUAAGAGGUGUAAUGCCACCAAGUCAGAUAUUGCUGACUUUUUCAGGCUUCUGAUUGGAUAAAACGUGCAUGACAGCAGGUGUAUGCGUUAGUGUGUAGACAUAGACAGUUUUAAAACUACACGUGUGUGAAUGGAGAUUGUUUAAACCCUAAAUAUUUGUUUUUGAAACUCUCCGUGUUCGUGUGGACAUGGCCUUAAAUGUAGACAAAAAAAUCACAAUAUGCCCGCUUUUAGGGGUGUUUUGAGAGAAGAGCUCUCUCUCGGCUAAUUGUUAUGAUUUGAAUUGCACGCAACAACUUGACUUACAAGCAUCUGUUGGUGUGGCGAAUGUCACAGUGAACCACCGGUCUUACUCUCUAGCAUUGCACCACAUACAUUUGUAUUCAAACCAUUGGAAUGAAGAAAGUGAGUGUGAGGGACAGUGCUGGGAAAAAAAGGAGCAAUGUUGAUUUAUAAUACAAAUGAUUUGCGUUAGGAGCUCGGUCACAGAAUCAAUUAAGUUCGAAAAUUAAGGUACAACUGUAGUCCAAAGCAGACCCGUCUGGCCCUAGAAAACCCCCAGAAUUCUAUGCUUUCUGAGCAAGUGAGCAUGAUAACUAUAGAUCUCACAAGAUUAAAACGUGACAAUAUCUGUCAUUUAGGGAAUAGCGGUCUGGAGGGCAGAAUGCACACUAGAGAUGCGCGGUUUGCGGUCUCACCCGCGGAGUCUAUGGAUAAACCGCGGGUCGGGCGGUUGACAUGACGAAAAAAUACAUUUUAAUUACAUUCGGGCGGGUGGCGGUUGAACCAUCCGGAAAUAUUUGAUACACAUGUUUCUGGGAUCGGUAUUCUUUGCCAUUCAAAUAGCCAUUUAAGACCCGUGUCUAAAGCGAAGUAGAUAAUAGGAGACGCUAUUAUUCUCUUGAACGCCUGCCGGCAGUCACCCAGAUAGUAAGUAUUAGGGCGUGCUAUGAAGCCAUUGGCGUUGUCGCCUACUACUACAUGUACGAUCUGCUUGUCAGUCCAGCAACAUGUUGUGUGUGGCUUCUGCGGCAACACGCACACGACUGCAAGGCAUACUGGGUGACACAAAGUACACUAAUGGUUGUGAUAUAAACAAUUUUAACACUCUUAGUAAUAUGCGCCACGCUGUGAAGCCACACCAAUUAAGAAUGACAAACACAUUUCGGGAGAACAUCCUCACAGUAACACAACAUAAACGCAACAGAAAAAAUACCCAGACUCCUUUGUAUUCAUGACAAUUCCUGACUAUUUUAUACACUCCGCUUGCAGCAAACCGCCCCCCUCCUUCCAGUGCGUCGGUAAGGUGGGUGGGGUUGGGCGCGCGGCGGUGUAAAAUAUAUUCAGGAAUAGUUACGGAUACAAAGGAUUCUGGGUAUUUGUUGUGUUGCGUUUAUGUUGUGUUACUGUAAGGAUGUUCUCCCGAAAUGUGUUCGUCAAUCUUGUACUGUGUGGCUUCACAGCGUGGCGCAUAUUAGUAAGUGUUAAAGUUGUUUAUAUCACAACCAUCAGUGUACUUUGUAUCACCCAGUACGCCUUUCAAUCUUGAACGUGUAAUUGCAGAAGCUGUACACAACAUGUUGCUGGACCAACAAUCGGUUCGUACAUGUUGUUGAAGGUGUCUAAGGCAAUGGCUUCACUGAACGCCCAAAUUCUUGUCAUCAGGAUGAACACUAUUGGAUAGUCGCGAGAACGUUAGCGGCUCCAAUAGUCUUCAUUACUUUGUGAAACAGGUUUAAAUAACUCUGUGAGUGGCAAAGGCGGCCGACCUCUGAUAUAUUUCAGCGGGCGGAUAGGUCCUGAUAAAAUGUUGGUUCGGGUGUAUGGCGGUUGGAUGACGACUUUGGUGAUGCAGUUGCGGAUGAAAUGAUUGCCUAUCCGCGCAUCUCUGAUGCACACACUGGAUUUGUUUUAUUUUUUUAAUAGUCAGAAGCAUAUCCGUCUGGCUGUGUGUGAGAAAUUGGAACCCCACUUAAGUGCUUUGCGCACACUACAAACCGAGAACUUGCAAAUAGAUCUAGACGCAACAUUUUUUGUGCAGGCGGUACCACUCGACUGCGCGGGCGGGUGGGUCGGCGAGUUCAUCCACCGCGUCCUGCGUAUGUCAAAGCAGGUAAACUGUCAAAAAGGGACGCCAAGACAUGUCAGAAAAGCACCUGGGCCACACUGGACUGCUUCCCCAGCAACAAGAUGCCACUGCGGCAGCUCUUAUCAGCCCAGACAGAGGACAACACAGACAUAUCACUGAUACGCUUGACAGCCGCUAUAUCAGAUAUGCAGGAAACCCCGCUAAGCUCCUCAAAGCUGUAAUUAUAUAUACUUACGUUUUUAAUCUUAAUUUGUAUUUGUUGAAACAAGUUAAAGAGUUAAAAGCUCAUGCAUGCUAAGUUAUGAAAUACUGACCCAGCCAAAUCCAUCCAUCCAUUUUCUACUGCUUGUCCCGUUCGGGGUCGCAGGGGGUGCUGGAGCCUACCUCAGCUGCAUUUGGGCGGAAGGCGGGGUACAACCUGGACAAGUGACCACUUCAUCACAGGGCCAACCCAGAUAGACAGACAACAUUCACACUCACAUUCACACACUAGGGCCAAUUUAGUGUCGUCAAUCAAUUUACCCCCAGGUGCAUGUUUUUAGAGGUGGGAGGAAGCCGGAGUACCCGGAGGGAACUUACGCAGUCACGGGGAGAACAUGCAAACUCCACACAGAAAGACCUUCGUAUUGUGAGGCAGACGCAAUAACCCCGCCCGGCCAAAUAAAACAUUAAAAAGUCUCCUUAUCCAAACAUAUACCUUUUUAGUUUUCCUAAAACACAGGACAUUCUCUGGAAUUUUGUGUAACGUUUGGAGCGGCAGGCUGGGUGUUUCAAAAGGAUUUAUUCCCAGGAUGAAUAGAUUUCAAGGUAACCCAAAAAUAUGCACACAAAAGUAUGGUAAAAGGGGGAGAAUCUAACAUACCACGAGAAACGGGAAAUACAAAGAAAACUAGAGGCAACCAGCUAGAUGCUAACAGCACAAAGUAACUUAAUUGGCCAGGAAACGUGGAAUGAAGGAAUAGAAAAUGAAUGUUAAAAUCUUGUCUUAUUCUUGUGACGCAAAUAUUGCCUAUUGUCUCGUGAGAUGAGUAUCAUCACACCUCUACAAUAUAACAUAAAUACUUUCCAAUUGCACUGGUUUAUGAUGUCAAAUGUUCACUUGUGUGCACCCGUUAAGACACAUGUAAGAUCUUUUAGAGGGUGUGAGCUCAGAUCUUUGGUCAUGUACUGUAACUGUAUUUGUCUUAAUAUUUAUCACACAAGAAAUGAACGGAUUGUUAACCUGGGGCAUAAUUAACAGUUAAUCAGUUGAUCAUAAUUAUGAUUCGUAACCAAACUGUCUAAAUCAUGUUCAGAGAAAAAUACACAUAAUGACCUCAAACACCCUCAAAAGUAAUUUUGAAAUUAAAAAAAGGUUUUAAUAUUUACUGGGACACUGAAAAUAUGCAUUCUAUUAGUUUGAAGUUCAUCAGCUGUUUUGUGUACGUUUCGGAAAAGUAUCUGAAAUCAACCUGCACUGCAACCACAAAAUAAAAACACUUAUAAAUGCAAUACAAA